CCUGAGGGAGUGAUUGGAGCUGACCUGCUACAUUGGCCCCAGGGUUGGGAAGUGCUCUGUGUUUGGCAGCGAGAGUGGGCGGGGCGCGCCCUGUGGGCGGGCGGGUUGGGUGGUGGCAGUAAGCGGGUUAUUUUAGUCAGUAGCAACGAUGGACGACCAGCUGGAGGGUGAGGUGCUGUGCGAGGUGUUCUGGGCUCACGUGCACCUGCUGGGGCGGUACCUGGCCGUCACUUCUGCAGGGUUGGUGGACAUGGUGACUCCAGGUCCUGGAGAAACAUUCAAGGGUAAAAUGUUGCAGCCGGGACCCUUUUUAUUCAUAGUGUUUUUGGCUAUUGUGGGGAGUGUGGCCCUACAAAACAGUGGCCAUCUCGUGUGGGAGUGGCUAGCCCGCACCCACCGUGUGUUAGGGCUGCACCGAGUGGCUGACACUACCCUGCGAAGCUUGGAUCUCAGUGGAGCCUGUGCAUCCUCUGGCUCUGAGGUGUGGGAGCUGCAGGAUGGACCUGUGGGCGUGUAUGGCCUGCAGGGGCGCAGAGCCACCAUGGAGGAUCGGUACUGUGUCAUUCAGGAUGUGGAUGUUGGAAGCAAGACUUUGUCCUUCCUUGGAGUUUUUGACGGCCAUGGAGGUCAGUAUACGGCUGAGUUUGUGAAGGACAACCUCUUUCAAAACACCAUCAGUAAAAUAAAACAGCUGCGCACCCAGACAUCCACAGCUGGAACAUGCAAUGCUAGCAGUAGCAAUAAUGGCAGCUGCAAGACACAGAGCAACAACAGGACACGAAACUGCAAUGCCAACAGCAAGGGAGAGAAGCGGUGGUUGAGUGGCGAGGAUGACUCAAAGGAAACCAAGGAUGCCAAGGAGAGCUGCCCUGCUAACAAUAACAACAACAAUAACAAGCUCAAAGUUCCAAAUACUCUAGCAGCCAAGCCAGGGGGAAUAGAGGGUCAGGAUGCACAAGAGAAAGCCUCAUCCACCACCACAACUGACAGCAAACUUGCGACAGGAGCGCCUGAAGUGACGGGAGGAGGUUCAUGUGUUGAGAACCUUAAUUCCAUCACCUCUGCCACCCAAGCAUCCACCACCACCACCACCACGAUGUCCUGCUCCACUGCUUCCUCCACCUGUUCCACCACUUCUUCCUCAUCAUCAUCAUCAUCAUCAAUCUCACACUGCACUGAAAGUAACACAGAGUCUUUGAAGAAGGACGACACUUACAGCUCAGUUAACAUUCGUCGGACAUCCCUGGCCUCCACAGCCUCUAAAGAUAAGAAGGAGGAGGUAGCAGGGACUGGAUCAGGCUGUGGGGCAGGGAAUGGGAUUCAGAAUGAUUCCUGCUACAUUGAUGUCCUGCAGAACAUUAACUACACUCGCCUCCUAACCGACCAAAUCCUGGCUGUGGACCGACAGGUAGUAGCUCACUGCAAGGCCCGCACAGACAUGUCAGGCUCAACAGCAGUGGUGGCAGUACUUGAUGGAGAGAUGCUAGUCAUUGGUAACGUGGGAGACUCAAGGGCUGUGAUGGCCGACCUUAAGGGCUCCACCAUCCCUCUUUCCUUUGACCACAAACCCAACCAGCUGAAAGAACGACGUCGCAUCAAAGAGGCUGGGGGCUUCAUCACCUUCACAGGGGUGUGGCGUGUGGCAGGGGUGCUGGCCACUUCUCGUGCCCUUGGAGACUUCCCCCUCAAGGAGCCACGGCAACUCAUCACUGCAGAGCCCGAUGUGUUGACCUUCAGCCUCACAGACCACAGGGCCCACUUCAUCAUCCUGGCCACAGAUGGGCUUUGGGAUGUGAUGACCAAUGAAGAAGCAGUUGCCUUUGUGAGGGACCACCUCCAUGAGCCUGACCACGGUGCCAAGGCGCUCACCAUGCAUGCCUUUCACCGAGGCUCUCAGGACAACAUUACUGUGGCCAUACUCAAUGUUAGCAAGUUGCUUCGAAAGUGAGAUGGCUGUUAUGUUUGUGUGCAUUCUUCACAUGCUGGCUCACACCCAAACACCUAAUAGUAAUUGUUUCAGUACUGCACUUGUGCUCUUUUGAAACACCUGUGAUUGGUGCUUGUGGUGGUGAUGGUGUAUUUGCACAUCAAAUACAGCCAAGAAAUACAAAAAAAUCUUGAAGGCCACACAGAUGUCACUACCUCCAUUUAAGUAGUUUUCAACAUAUUUAUUUCUUACCAUGUGAUUUUGAAAGGUCAUACCAUUCUCAAUCACUUGAGAAACUGCCUUGUGAGUUUCUCAACUUUGAUGAAAUUUUAUGAUAUUUUCUUUUCUUAUUUUUAUAUUGUUUAGCUUUCAGUAGCUUAUUUUCCGUGCAUAUUUUCAGAAUAAGUAUGUACAGCUACCUACAUUUUUCUUUGUUACUUGACUGCGAUGUAUGCACAGUGGUACCUUGGUAUACAUCCUUAAUUUGGACUUGUACCAAGUAGGACAGAUAUCUAACAAAUUUUCCCAUAGGAAAUAAAAGAAAAAAGCAAGAAAUCACAAUAGUAAAAAUACCUUAUGUGAUUACAGUAAUGAAUUAGAGGUACUGCUCUAGUCACAGAGAAUACAAAGACUACAAUAUGUGGACCAGCUGCCAAUAUGUCAACAAUUAACACACUUGGCAUGUCACUGAACAGUGCCAUUUUCAACAUUCCCUUACAUUAUACUAUUGUUGAAAAUGUGGUAUAGCACCCCUGCCUAUAGUGCAGUGGUGUAAGUCUUCAGGUAAACUGGUGGAGGAAAUUUCAAAAUUAAAUCUAAUUGAGGCCUUACAUUCACACAUAAGACACAGGGUGAUUUCUUGGGCCAUUUUUAUGAUAAAUGGUAUGUCUCAUGUGCCAUCAAAUACAAUAAAUGCAAAAUAAAUUAGAAUUAGAACUCAGUCUGCCGCACAGAGACGAGUCGAGAUGUUAUUGUUUCUGAAUUCUGGUGUUCUUUUUAUUUUUCUUCUCUGUCUCUUUUCCCCUGCUUAGACGUAGUUAAGGCUCACCAAGUUUGAGUUUUACUAAAAAUCUGUACAGAGAACAUUGCUUUUGUCUUCCUUUCAAGAUGUUUCAGAAAUGUGACUGUUUGGGAAACUCGCCAACUUGGCAGCAUUCCUUGUGGGAAGUGGUGUCUUUGUCUUGAUUCAUACAAAUUCUAGCACAUAAGUUGUAUACCAAGCAUAUAUUUCUGUAUCCAAACAGGAUGUAUACCAAGUCAGACUAAUUUCAAAGGGAAUGUAUACCUAGGUACUACUGCAUGCAUAAGUUUAUUUACUUUCAUUAAUAUAUGCUGUAUAGUUUGAAGAAUUUGCUACAUAGUGGUGCACCAAGUUUUCCUCUUAAAGUCACAAAAAUUACACAAGACUUCAGUUUGUAAAAGAUAGGACACUUCUUAAGAGGGAAGAAGUUAUUUGUUUUAGGCUUAGCCAAAGACUUGUCCAGAUACAUACCUGAUGCCUUUACAAGAUGUACUUUUCCUAUAAAUGAUAUUGAUGUUGACUGCUUGACAACAACAACAUCAGCUCUGAUACUUUUGAUACACUCGAGAUGAUUUCUUCAUUUGCUUGAAUGAUAAUAAGUGUAUUUUUAUGCAAUUAUUCAUUUAUGUGUUUAUCUACAUUGUCUUUAUUCUUACAAGCUACUGGCUUGUCAAUUAGCUCAGAAUCUAAUGUGUCAGUCAGUCAGUCUAUUUCAGUUACCUCAUGUUUGAGCUGGAGACAUACAAACAUACCUCUGCCUCCAGCUGUGAAAAAUAUAAUGAUUUUGUUGUUGUAUUAAUGUGGGUUCACACGUGUCAAUAUGCGACUGAAAUUGCAAGUCAUUAGAAGUAUCGACUGAGCCUUUCUAGUCGGAACAUGUUCACACAUAGCGACUGGGAAGUAUUGGCUGGUUAGUGGGAAGAGAUUGUAAACAAGCAGCUAGCCAACAAGAUAUCUUUCUCCGGUGACGAUCAAAUUAAAUCAUCACAAGUAUUCAAUUCUCACCAGCAACACUCUGCAUAGAGGAAACAGUUCUUGGAGAGUGACAGCUAUCUCAUCAAACAUCAAUUUGUGUAAGUCUUUUUUUGCUGUAAAAUUCACUUUUAGGGUCCCAGAUGUGCUCUUUUUCUCUCACCAACUCCAUCAUCAUCUUCUUUACAUUGACACCACAUUUUCAAACCUCUCUCUGUGACAUCACAACAUAAACAAAGCUGAUCAACUGAACAAGACCAACAUGUUGGUCUUGUUUUAUGACUGGUUUUUCUAGUCACUGAUAUUCAGUUUGAAACUACCCACUUGCAAUUUGAGUCACAAAUUGACGUGUGUGAACCCGUCUUUAUAAAAGUUGAGAAGUGACAAAAGAACAGUCCAUUGUGGGGUUAUAGUAUGUCUAAUCGUAGAAUAUUGUGAUGUCUUGAAAUUUGGUGCACCACUGCACAUAUUUAUUAGCAACUGUUGAUGUAUAAAAUUCUUUAUUGUUAUGAUGAGUCAAAAUAAUUUAGGUAUACAACAUAUUUGUAUACCAUAAUAUGGGAUAGGUUGGCAGCAUUUAACCAGUUUUUAGUCAGAAUUGUUUUGAAUGAAAUAAGAAUGAGGACUUAUUAUCAAAGUUCCAAUUUGUCCCAGAAUGUUUAUUGAUUGUGCCAUCUUGAGAAUCAAUAAUGGUGAGUGAGAAGAAAGUGUCACAUCACAGGACAAACAUUGUGUCUGGAUGGAUACGUAUUGGGCGUUUGGGUGGGAGUGCAGUCUUGUAUAUUUGUAUGUAUACCUGGGCCAUGUUAUACUCAUUGUGUGUGUGUGAGUGUGAGUGUGUGUGUGAUAUUUAUUCACCUAUUGCUUUAUUUAUUUGUUAUUGAUAUCAUUAUUAUUUUUUCUAGUUAAUUAAUUUUUUUUCAUCAUCUCUAUUAUUAUUUAUGGGGAGAGGGUGAGGAAUCCUCCCUGAUUUUGGUGUAAAUGCAGCCAACCAUUUCUGAUGCAAUCAUUCACCUGCAUUCAGUGAUAUCACCUUUGGACACCAUGUUCACAUAGUCAUCCAUUUGUUGUUUGAACACCAAGCAGUCAUUCAUCUAUUACAGGGACAGUUUGUAAUUCACUCAUGUAACACAAUCAGGGUUAUCACUUGUUUCAUCAACAUCACUCGGUCAUUAGCCUGUCAUGUGGUUACUGGUCAGACAUUGUGGGAAAUGAAUGACUAUUUGUGAUGUGCAGACUGAUGAAUGCUUGAUAGUAUAGGCAUUAGAGGCAAACCAUUGUAGGCAUUAAUAUUUAAGUAAUGAAGCAGGAGAAAAGUAUUCUUAAAGGCUGUAUCAUGGGCACUUUUUCCGACAACAUUACUCUCAAAAGCAGAGCAGUGUAGUUUCAGAAAACAGGCUUUCAGUUUUUGAGAGCAACUUCUUAGCCUUUCAAUCUGUAAAUGAUAUCUGGCUUUCACAAAGUAUUAAAAGAAACAAUUAAUAACACUCCAUAAGUAGUACACUACAUAAAAUACAAGAUUCUUAUUUAAGUUUAUUAUAUUAAUUAAAGUUUAUCAUUGUGUGAAUAUUCAUUCAUUCUCCUUUCAGUGUGUUUGCUUACCUCAAGUCAAGGCUAAGAAUUAUGGCUUGACUCAAACCUUGAUUUGAUAAAUGUGGUGUGAAAGAAUCCACUAUCAUGGAAUAGAUCUCAUCCUGAGUACUUAAUGAUGAUUUGAGGAAAUAUUUUGUCCAACAAGGUAACAAGAUAUGAACAUUAGCAUCUUUAUCUCCAAUCUUCCUCUUCCUCAUUUCUUGUUGUUUUUAUAUUCUGCAGAGUUGAAUGAAGUUGAAUGCUUAAAACUGUAAGGUUAGUCAAAUCAAUUUCCACUGUUUCCCAGCUUUAGAUAGACUGUUGUGUGGUUUAUUGUUGUUAUUGUGUGUGUGUGUGUGUGUGUGCACGCGCCAUGUUUCAUAGAGCCAGCCAACCAUCAGAAAUCAGAUUGGGGUAAUGUUGGUGAGAAAAGUGCCCUUGUUACAUGAUCUUAAGCGAGAAUUGCUGUUUGCCGUAGAAUGAUGUUCCUAACAGACCCAUUCAGCUCAUUAUUCUCUUGAAACAUUCAUGUACACUGUAGUCCUUCCUUAACCACAAGUCCUACAUGUUUUACAGACCAGUUUGUCAUUAGUUUUCUAGCCAUGGUAUUUUUAGGUUUGCAAUAGAAAUCCAAUAAUUUUGUUUCCUUUAAUUACUAGUUAUUAUACUCAUGGUAUCCCUUCACCAUCACAAGAGUAACAGGAUUCAUCACCACUGUGUAAAACUAUAAAUAAACCAAACUAAACUACA